GCUAUUCAGAAAGUUGGUGAAUUGGAGUUAGAGAUACAAAAGAAAAUGUACGCAUUGGUGGAAUCGCAGAAGGAAUUGGCUCUACUGAAAGAGCGGAACAGCAAGCUUGAGGCAGAAAAACUUCAGGCAAGUAACUGCUAUCGCAGAAUAGAUGAGUUGCGAAAUAAUGUGAUCUGCCUUGUUCAGAUGACAGCUGAAGAAGAUGGCGCUGAAGAAGACGGCUGGGGCAAUGACUGGAAUGCUUCCAGACCGGUCCAGGUAACAACUUUUCAUUUCACUGUUCAACCACUGGGAAUAGUUCGCUACCCAAAAAUACUGUAUGCACUUGAUGUGUAA